GGUGCUUCUCCGGCGCGGAGCAUUGUGGGCCUGGGUGGGCGGUUCCGAGGCCGAGCACGGACGAGCGUAGCGGGCUCCCGAGGCGGCUUCCAAGAUGAUGCCCACACCAGUUAUCCUGUUGAAAGAGGGGACUGAUAGCUCCCAAGGCAUCCCUCAGCUUGUGAGUAACAUCAGUGCCUGCCAAGUGAUUGCUGAGGCUGUAAGAACCACACUGGGUCCCCGUGGCAUGGACAAGCUUAUUGUGGAUGGUCGAGGCAAAGCUACAAUUUCUAAUGAUGGGGCCACAAUUCUGAAACUCCUUGAUGUUGUCCAUCCUGCAGCAAAGACUUUAGUAGACAUUGCCAAAUCCCAAGAUGCCGAGGUUGGUGAUGGCACCACCUCAGUGACCCUGCUGGCUGCUGAGUUUCUGAAGCAGGUGAAGCCCUACGUGGAGGAAGGCUUGCACCCUCAGAUUAUCAUCCGAGCGUUCCGCACAGCCACCCAAUUGGCUGUUAACAAAAUCAAAGAAAUUGCUGUGACUGUGAAGAAACAAGAUAAAGUAGAGCAGAGGAAGAUGCUGGAAAAGUGUGCAAUGACAGCCCUGAGCUCCAAGCUGAUCUCUCAGCAGAAGGCCUUCUUCGCCAAGACGGUGGUUGAUGCUGUGAUGAUGCUUGAUGAGUUGCUGCAGCUUAAAAUGAUUGGCAUCAAGAAAGUUCAGGGUGGAGCCCUAGAGGAGUCUCAGCUGGUGGCCGGUGUCGCAUUCAAGAAGACUUUCUCUUAUGCUGGGUUUGAAAUGCAGCCCAAGAAGUAUAAGGACCCCAAGAUUGCCCUCUUAAAUGUUGAGCUUGAGCUGAAAGCAGAGAAAGAUAAUGCUGAAAUCAGAGUCCACACGGUGGAGGAUUAUCAGGCAAUUGUUGAUGCUGAGUGGAACAUUCUUUAUGACAAGUUAGAGAAGAUCCAUCAGUCUGGAGCCAAAGUCAUCUUGUCCAAACUCCCCAUUGGGGAUGUGGCUACCCAGUACUUUGCUGAUAGGGACAUGUUCUGUGCUGGCCGUGUGCCUGAGGAGGAUCUGAAGAGGACAAUGAUGGCCUGUGGAGGCUCAAUUCAGACGAGUGUGAAUGCUCUGGUUCCAGAUGUGCUAGGCCGCUGCCAGGUGUUUGAAGAGACCCAGAUCGGAGGCGAGAGGUACAAUUUCUUCACUGGCUGCCCCAAGGCCAAGACAUGCACCAUCAUCCUCCGUGGUGGCGCGGAACAGUUUAUGGAGGAGACGGAACGGUCCCUGCAUGAUGCUAUCAUGAUUGUGAGGCGGGCCAUUAAGAAUGACUCUGUGGUGGCUGGUGGUGGAGCCAUUGAGAUGGAGCUCUCCAAAUACCUGCGGGAUUACUCAAGGACCAUUCCAGGGAAGCAGCAGCUGUUGAUUGGGGCGUAUGCCAAGGCGCUGGAAAUUAUUCCACGACAGCUGUGUGACAACGCUGGCUUUGACGCCACAAACAUCCUUAACAAGCUUCGGGCUCGGCAUGCACAGGGGGGCAUGUGGUAUGGGGUGGACAUCAACAAUGAGGGCAUCACCGACAACUUCCAGGCCUUCGUGUGGGAGCCAGCCAUGGUGCGCAUCAAUGCCCUGACGGCAGCUUCUGAGGCUGCCUGCCUUAUCGUGUCUGUGGAUGAGACUAUCAAGAACCCCCGCUCUACCGUGGAUGCUCCCCCAGCAGCUGGCCGGGGUCGAGGCCAAGGCCGCCUUCACUGAGUGGCGGUCGCACCCCCUGAUGAGGGAAUUGGUGGUGAGAAUACGGUUCAUUAGUCUGCUGUGUUCUCCCUGGAGGUUAUUUAAAUAAAACUUAAGAUUAUUUGGUCA